AAGGCGCGAGGCCUCACGUAUUCACUUUCCUAUUCUUCCUCCCUCCUCAGCCCCCACGUCGAGUCCACCGUACGAAACGAAAAAGAAAGAGGCCGCCUUCUCGGUCUCCUACCUCCGAUUUCUCUCUACUUUCUUGCUCUAGCCAUGAACGUUAUAUAGUUCUUGCCUGAGAGGGAGCUCGGGGCAAAAUUCUUGCUCUUUGUUCCCUCUCCUUUGCUGUUUCCUAUAGAAGGAGAAGGAGAGAGAUGGUGUUGUCGGUAUUGAAUGGACUCCUCGCCGGGCUGGCGAUCGCGGUUCUGGUCUUUAUUCCGUCAGCGGCGUGGAAUGAUGGGUCUCAGCUAACGAUGCAGCUAGAAAGGGGGAUGCCAGCGAGGGCCCCAGUGGAGGUGCUAAGGGCGCGGGACCGCUUCCGGCAUCGGAGAAUACUUCAGGGUGCAGCUCGAUCGAGUUACGGCGUGGUAGAUUUCCCUGUCGAGGGGUCGUGGAAUCCCUUCACCGUAGGGCUAUACUUUACCCGUGUGAAACUGGGCAAUCCUGCAAAGGAGUUUUAUGUUCAGAUUGAUACUGGAAGCGAUAUCCUCUGGGUGACUUGCAAUCCCUGUAAUGGUUGCCCUACCAGCAGUGGGCUAAAUAUCAAGUUGGAGUCUUUUGAGCCAGACAAGUCCUCUACAUCUUCAUCCAUCUCAUGCUCAGAUCAAAGAUGUACAUCAGCCAUCCAAACUGGAGAGGCAACUUGUUCCUCAUCAGAUUCUUCAAGUUCACCUUGUUCUUACUCUUUCCAGUAUGGUGAUGGAAGUGGCACAUCUGGUUACUAUGUGUCUGACACAUUAUAUUUUGACACAGUUACUGAGAAUGAACAAACUUUGAACUCUUCAGCUACCAUUAUAUUUGGAUGUAGCAAUUCACAGUCGGGAGAUUUAACCAAAUCUGAUCGAGCAAUUGAUGGGAUAUUUGGAUUUGGACAACAUGAAUUGUCUGUUAUCUCACAGUUGUCAUCUGCAGGAGUUGCUCCUAAAGUGUUUUCUCAUUGCUUAAAAGGUUCAGAUAGCGGUGGGGGGAUACUGGUUCUCGGAGAGAUUGUUGAACCUGGUAUUGUCUAUACCCCACUUGUUCAAUCAAAGCCUCACUACAACUUAAAUCUUGAAAGCAUUGCUGUCAAUGGGCAAACACUAUCCGUUGAUUCAUCAGUGUUUACAACAUCAAAUACACAAAAGAGGCGCAGAGAUCACACUAUUACUUCUUCAAAUCCUUUGUUGCCGUUCGACUUCGCCCGCAUCCAACCUCAAAGUUCGACUCCGAUGUGUUAUGUGCCGUCGAAUCCCAUCCAACUCGCGACAUCACUCCAUCCCGAUGCCUCCGCAUGCGACGACCCGCCCCCCUCCGCUACUGUUCGGCUCCGUUACUUCGGGUGCAGAGAUUGCACGCACCGCUUCUUCAACUCCCUGUGGCUAUGCAACUUCGGCUCCCUCGUCACCAUUCAACUUCGUUCCUUUGCUGGAGAGGGAAAGGCUGCACGUGUCGCCUCUUCCGCUCCUUCAUUGCUGUCCGACUCCCUUGCUUCGCGGGAGGAAUAUAGAUUACACGACUUACAUCUUCGGCUCCUUGCUGUUCGGCUCCGUUGCUUUGCUAAAGGUGCAGAGAUUGCACCGUCACUUCUUUGGCUCCUCUCCCCUUCAUUAUGCCAUAUAUUAUAUAUAAUGUAA